CUAUUAGAGUAAGUUCCGAUAAGUACCCCACGAAUCACGAUCGUCUCUGUGCACAACAAUUCAGGAAACAAUAUUGCGUCAAAUUUAUAUCAUUAUUCCUAUUAUCGAUCAUCUGAUGGCCAGAGGAAUGAAUUAUAGAAAAAUGAACACCGAAAACUGGUAUCUCAACCGCUAUCGAAUUCGCCUAUUAGGACUAGCCGCCGCCGAAAGGGUUGCGUAAAGGAAAUCAAACCAUAACUGCAUGGAUGCACUCACUGAGUGUAUAACUAAGCUUACAACGGCCCUUGGCCCUUCGUUGGAAUGCUGUUUACAAGGAAAGCCGCAGCUGUCUGGCUUGCUCUUGCAUUUGAACGGGUUCUGACUGCACAGACACCUCUGUCGAGUCAUACGCCUUCAUCCUUUUACCCGGGGGUCGAAAGUGAUCUUGGACAAUGGGUCCUUGACGAAGGACCUGCGGUGAACGCGACAGGUCAUCUGGUGUUUGAAACGGCCAAUUCCCUGCUUCAACACUGGGCAAAUACUCGUCAUCGCAUUGGUCAUACAAUAGUCCCAGGGACUGUUCCCGUGGGGACUCUCCUCUAUCAUGGAGCUCUCACCGGUCCCCAUUUACCGACCGCCUUGGAUUGGGUGUCUGUAGAGCCAGACCACUCCACAUUUUUCUCCAAAGGGCCAAUCGAAACAGGGUGCUGGCACCUCACCCUUGCAGUCACUCGGCCGAUGAAAGUGCUCUAUUUUGACGGAAACAGCGCUGCGAAACUCCCUGAGGGCACUUUGGACACUCAAGAUCUCGUGGCAUGGUCGGAAAUGAAACCCGAGUGGGUGUGGAAUGAGGAGCAGCGCAUAAAGGAUCUGUGUAAAUGGGGUGAGAAGUAUGGCGUGAACGGCUUUGUGAGGAUGGAAAUGAAUUUUGAAAUCAUGAUCUGCAACUUCACCUCUCACAUGGAAAUCGUCUCGUUCUUAAAUCUCGAGAGCAUGCGCAUUGGGAUCAGCACCGACCCGCCGCCAGAGGGCCCCAAUACUAGUGAGCGACUGUGUUCAUGUUUUGACGUAGGUCUGAUUUAUUGUCGGACAUCAGUACAUCACAUUUUUGAAUUCAUGCAUUCUGCUUCAUGGCGCGAAAAUUAUCCAGGAGAAACCCGGAUUAUGCUUGAUUUUUCUGGGCUUGUCUCUUUCUACGACACCGCUCUUGUUCCCUCCUUGGUGCCGCGCCGUGUAGGCUUGGACCGGUGGGAUCACCGAGUGGCAGGAAUAUCACCGGAGGAUAUAGAGCGCGUCCAAGACAGGCUAGCUCAAGCGUUAGCACGACCACCCACGACCACUAGCGGCAUUGACUGGAAAACGGUCUUGCGCGUGGUGGUCGAUCGAUAUGCCAGCCGCCUGGAGUUCAUACAGCACCUUUUGAACCUGACGUUGGACGAUGGGUCGAUCUUUGACCACGCACAACAAAUUCAGAGACAGCUGCGCACCGUGCUUUUGCCCUACACUGUGUUUGCAGCUCUGCCUCCCAAUACCUCCGUCACCGCCGACGCGACAAACUCGUGGGCUGCGCCAGUUUUUCGGGAAUGUGCUACGUCGCACACGGCCUCCAUAGCGUAUCGUGGAACAACAUUGACGCCCUCCGAACGUUUGCUCCUGCAGGCGGUGCAGGAAACUACGCAUGAGAUAUGCCGCGUCGUCACGAAGAUGUGGGCUUCCGGAAUGAAUUUUGGAGUCGACGCCUUUUAUCCUCCGGACCAACGCCCUGAAGUUGAUCACAUACAUACUCUCAUGGGCGAAUGGAAGGAGGACGUGACACAGUUAAUUUCCUGGUUGGACUGGAGCGUGUGGGCGAAGUGCCGACCGGCCUGUGGUUUCGAGGAGAUGUGCUAUUUACCUACUUGGCCAUUUGGGUUUUUCCGGGCUCCCGGCGCACCACCUCAAACCCAAUGGGACAGUGGUUCCUUAUGGCCAGACCCAAACAAAGGGGAAUGGAAGCGACCACAACCCAAGUGCAUCAGACGGCGGGAGCCAUAUAGUCUUUAGGAUACAUGAUUCACAUUACUGCUGAUAUAUACACGUCUUUUGUACACAAUUAUUGCACUGGAAUUUAAGCGCGCCGCGCCCACGUGGGGCCUCAGUAUGAUCGGAA